GUUCGUACCCUCCAUCCCGCCACGCUGAAAUCCAUGCUGCUUCCAAACUACGGGGGCUUCGUUCAGUCCAAUGGUUGGUGUUCCAUCUCGUGCUUGCGGCAGCCUAUUCAGAUUGGCUCUCCCAUGCUAGACCCUCGUACAGGUGACCUGGUGCUCAUCACCAGCGUCAGUCUUGAUCCCCAUACAGGAGCUGUACUACCAGUUGGGGGGCUUCUCUUGGGUGAGUCCUUCAAUAAGCCCUUGAGCGGCCGGAUGGCACGGGUUGGUGGAUGUAGUGUGCGAGGAGGAAAGGUGGUGCCUCAUGCUGGGGGUUUCCAGGCUCUGCUGGGCGCUUGCUUGCGGGUGGCGGAGCUCUUGCAAGGAUUCAGUGAGGAGUGGAGCUCAGCAGCUGCAGAUCCACAAGGGGAAAUCAAGCUUCCUGGCACUGAACUAUCCUUGCCAGCUCUCCCUGGGUUGGAGUAUCCUGACCCUGGAGGCUCGGGUUUGCAUGUCCCAGUUCUGGGAGCUCAGUUGGACUGGGUGUCAGGAUACAAGGUGCCUCUGGCAGCAACCAUGGAGGAUGCAGAUAGUAAAGGGCUAGUUCCCAUACGUUUUGGAGUGCAGACGGUGGACCCAGUGACAGGGGUGCUGGCUCCGGUUGUGGGGGCCAGUCUGGAUGUUUGGAAGUGGACUGUGGUUCCUGUAACUGUGUCCCAGAUUCUGACGUUAGGAGAGAACCCUGACAGUGUCACAGUGAGCGAAGUUGAACUAAAUCACAUCCGCAUAAAAGCUCAUUUGGCUUCGGGGAGUUUAUGUGUGUGCAAAUGUGUGUUUGUUGGCCUCAGGUGGAAGCCCUCCAGAAGGAGAGCAAUGUACGGGGCAAUUACUGGCGUGAGCAGACACUGAAGGAAGAGGAGAUGGUGGGAGAUUUUGGCAGAGCCAUUAAACACUAUCUCUCCACGUCCGUACACAAGUCUGACUGUGUGAGUUGACUCCACACAGAUGAGACUACGCUCUGUGGCCUAUUUAAAAUGCAAGUCUUUUGACCAAGUGUCUAUUUUUAUUUUUGUGAGUGUCAGUGUGAUGGGAAGCGUUUCCACCAACCUUGCAUCCUGAAUGAGAUUCUGUGCAUGUUCGUGUGUGUGCGCGAAACAGAUAGACUGGAUGGACACAGACAGGCAGCUCAGGGAGACCGCCGCAGAGAUUCAGGAAAGUGCUCAGUGUGAGUCCCAGAGAAAAGCUUUCCAGAACUCAGAGUUAUCGCUGCUCCUACCAGCCCAUGUGUUUCACGCUCUCACAGGAGGUCAUACUCCCACUGAGAGUGCAAACUGUUAUGCUUUAAAGAUUCAAAACACAGAACUCAUGAUCCUCAU